UGUUGGGCACGGCUGCAAAUUUGCCACCUGGUUUCUUUAGUCUUGAAAACCAUGAAAGUGCCCAAGUACGUCACAAUAUUGCAGUUGAAUGUUUAAAUGAAAUGAUCGAGUGGUUAGAAGAAGAAGGUCAAGUCGGAAUUUUUGAUGCCAGCAAUACAACAGAAGAAAGACGUAAGGAAGUACACGAUAUGUUGAUUUCUCACGACAUUCAGCCUGUUUUUAUUGGUAAUUGUCUGCUUCAUUGCGCCAUGGUCUUUUUUAUGGAUAAUGUUGACAAUUCUUUCUAUGAUCAGAGUCAAUCUGCGACAAGCCAACAAUCAUCGAAAACAACAUUCGAAGC